AUGAAUUUGUAUUUCGAUAAAGAUGAUGAUGAUCAUGAUGAGUAAGAUGCCAUUUAAUAAAUUCAAUAAUAAUAGUAAUCUUAGAUGCAUACAUUCAUAUUUAAUAAACAACUAUUUAGAAGUUCAGCUGAAAAAGAUAUCUUAAGUUUAAUUAGCAAACUCCCAUCAUCCGAGUAAUAUAUUCAAAAUUUAAAGAAAAAAUAUAAUAUGUUAAGAGAUUAUAGAGAUAAAGAAGCAAUGUCACGCACAAACUCUUCGAAUUCCAACUAAUCAGGAUUAAUAUUAUAUAAUACAAGACUUUAAGGAUAAUCAGAAUCGGAUGAUGAAGAUCAGAUUUAAAAAGAUGAUAUAAAGUAUGGUGAAGAAGAACAAUUAGAUGAAGAUGAUGAAGAUUUGGAGUCGUUGUAAGAUUAAGAAGAAAGGAACUAUUCCAAUUCGGAAUCUCCAAUAAAAUAUUCUAAAAAAUUAAGUCAGCAUGAUUCAAUUAAAGAAUAUGAUGAUGGCAGCUAUAAUCCAAACAUUCGAGAAGAGGAUUCUCUAAUCAGCAAAGAAUAGAUAAUAGAGUAUAAAAAGUUAGAACCUAUAGAGAAGCUAGCAACUUUUAAGAAAUACAAAUAGACUUUGCUGAAGCAACCUACCUAGAGUGUAAGAGAAUUUUUUUGUGAAAUUCUUCAUGAUAAAAUUGAAGAAGAGAAGAUAGUAAAAAUGAAGUAUAUCGCUAGAGUGAUUGGAUUUAUUUUCUCAUUAGAAAAAUAUUUUCCACAUAAAUACUUAGUAAAAUUGAUAGAAGAGAAGGAUCUCAGACAAAAAAAAAUUAGAGAAGUGCUUAAAGAAAUUUAUGAUGAAAAAAACAUUGAUAGAAAUUCAAUUCUUCCAUUCAUCUCAGCUUAUAAAGUUUAAUAAUUUGUAGAUGAUCUGUAGUCUCUACGCUCAAUAAAAGAUGAUGAUAAAAAAAUUUAGAAGGAAGAUGAAAUAUUAAAAGAAUUCAUUAACAGGAAAUAAGAAAUUUCUAAUUAUGAAAGCAACGAAGAGUUUAAAAACCUUAUUGAGCAAAUUAUUAUUUUUAAAGCCUAAAGAUAUUAUGAUUUUUCAAACUCUGCUGAAUUAAUUGCUUCAUUUUUGCUUAAGUUAAACAUGUCUUCUUCAUUUAUGUUUAAAUAUCUUCUAGAUAGUUAAAAGCUGUAGAAAAUGUGCAGCUAUGCUAUGGAAGUCAUUAGGUUUCUCUCUAAUAAUUAAAAAUAUGAUGCACCAUAAUAAAAAUGA